CAAAAAAAAAAACCCGCGUCGCCGCAUCAAUUCCGGAACUUUGGUCUGACCAGAGACCGAAUAUUUUUUUUUUGGCCUGACACCAGUUUUAUACAGAAACUAAAUUAUCUUUACGAUAAAUGUAUACCUUAUAAGAGAUUUAGAUCCCGUAAAAACAUCAAUGUUAACCCAUAGAUGACAACGGGGCUGCUAAAAUCUAUCAGACGAAAACGCACAUUAUAUAAAAAAUAUCUUAGUAAUCCCAUGGAUUCAAAUAAGCGUAAAUAUGUAAGAUAAUAAGAAUAAACUAACAAACGUCUUUAGAGUAACCAAGAAAACAUACUACACCUUGAUGUUUAACAAAGAAAAAAAUGACUUAACUAAUACUUGCAAACUUAUUAACAAUAUUCUCAAGAAAAACACAAAAAAACACCCGGCCUCCUGCUUCAUUCAAGAUAAACAACUCAGAUAUUGUAGACCCCGAAACAAUUGCUGAUCAGUUUAAUAAUUUCUUCAUAAAAUGUAGGCCCUGAAUUAGCUCAGAAAAUCCCUCGAUCAAUUUUCAGACCCACUAGAUUAUAUAAGUGAUGUUCCCCUGAUUCCUUGUUUCUGACCCCAAUAACAACUAAAGAACUUUGUAAUUGUAUAAAUAAACUUCCUAGCAAAAAAAGCAGAGGACAUGAUGAGAUCGAUCAUCACAUUAUUAAAGAUAUAGCACCGUACAUACUAACUCCUUUGACAACAAUUUUUAACCGUUCCUUCGAAUCAGGAAAAGUACCUACUGAUUUCAAAAUAGCUAAAGUUAUCCAUCCCUUAGUAGUAACUACCGUCCUAUUUUACCCUACUUUUCAAAAAUAUUAGAAAGACUUGUAGCAAAUCGAAUGUAUAACUUUAUGGAUAAAUAUAAUAUUUUGUCAGCGACUCAGUAUGGUUUUAGGGCCAACUAUUCAACUCAUCUGGCACUGAUUGACCUCAUUGAUAAAACUAAGUUUCUCACUUGACAACUCUCUUCAUACAGUCGGUUUAUUUUUGGCCCUCUCAAAAGCUUUUGACACUAUAGACCAUAAUAUUUUGAUUAGUAAACUAAAUAAAUAUGGAAUUAGAGGAAUUGCUUUGGAUUGGUUCAAAAACUAUCUAAGUGACAGGAAACAGUAUGUGGUAUGGCAGAAUACCAAAUCUACUUUUGCACCAAUCAGUUGUGGAGUUCCUCAAGGUUCAAAACUUGGCCCUAUACUUUUUCUGAUUUAAAUAAAUGACAUUUGUAACUCUUCCAAAAUACUCUCCUUCAUUUUAUUUGCAGACGACACUAAUGUUUUGUAUAGCAGUAAUAACUUACUUAAGGCAGUUGACACUGUUAAUCGACAACGUAUGCAAAAUCUCCGAUUGGUUUAAAUGUAAUAAACUAUCCGUUAAUUUAAAAAACAAAACAAUGUAUGUUGUUCUCCAAUGGUAAAGUCGACAGGAAUAUCAGUGUUUACUUAAAUGACACACAAAUAGAACAAGUUGAAACAUGUACAUUUCUAGGUGUAAUUAUUGAUAGUAAACUUUCUUGGAAGCAACAUUGCCAAAAAGUACUAAUUUCACUUUCUCGGAACCAGGGUAUCUUAAGAAAAUUAAAACACCAAUUACCUUCAGAUAUCUUAUUUUCAAUUUAUAAUACGUUGUCCCUGCCUCACCUUCAAUAUGGUAUUUUAGCAUGGGGUAACACCUACCCAACCUUUAUCAAUAAAUUGUAUAUUAUGCAAAAGAAAACACUUAGGAUAAUUAAUAACUCCAGAUAUACAGAACAUUCAGCACCACUGUUUAGUAAAUACAAAACCUUAUCUGCUUUUGACUUGUAUAAAUACCAUCUUGGAGUAUUAAUGUGUAAAUUCGAAACAAACAAAUUACCCAAAACUAUACAUUCGCUAUUUAACAAAAACUCGGAUAUCCAUUCUCAUAAUACAAGGUCAGCCUCAAACUUUCAUCUCCAUAAAGCUAGAACAUCUCUUUACUUAUCGACUGUCAGAAACCAAGGACCUCUAUUGUGGAACCACCUCAAACCAAUGCCUAUCUUAAGACCAAUGAAGAACCUUAAAAACUACAUGAAAACGUUGCUACUGACAAAUUAUAAUGAUAAUUAAGUAUCCCAAUAAAUUGUAUAUUCAUGUCAUCUCACAGAUUGUCGAAAAAUAAGUAUUGUUUUAUAAUUCCUUGGCCACUUUUUGCUUCUUUGCCCCCUCCUCCCCGUUACCUGUUUUGUAAUUAAUUAAUUGAUUUAUUUCUUGUAAUGUAUGGACGUAAGAAAGUACUGUGUAGGCCUAUGUAUAUUCAUACGAAUGUGAAUAUUUUUGCUAUUAAUUUUAUUUCUUUUCAAUUUUAUUAGUAUAAGUGUAUUUACCUGAUAGAAUUCAGCCUUUUGUAUGAACAUAUUAAUUUAUUAGCUUAAUUUGUAAUUACGGGUUUCAGGUCUUGUACAAGCCUAUGCUUUUUACCUGGAGCCCUCGUAUCAUUGUUUGUCAUUCUUUAUAUAGUUUCCUGUUUAUUAUGUUGUCUGUGCUAUGAUAUGAAAAAAUAAACCAUAACCGUAACCAUAACCAUAUUGUUUUCAGGCAGUUCGAAGAGUUUGAUCUUUCUGCAGGGCCAGCUUUCAGGAAAUGGGAUGGUGAUACAGGGAAAGCGUGCCGAAGACACGUCCUGCCCGGCGGGGCAUGCCCGGACAAUUUUGAAAAUCUACCUGCAUUUUAUAAGGUGAUAAGUUGUGUUUUAUUACCUGGAUUUCCUGGUACACUUUCAUGCUUCAAUAAAAAACCCAUGUCAACAGCCGCAUUUACAAUAAACUUCGUGCCUCAGCCAACGUGUUUCUGAUUUCACUGAAUUUUCAUGUCGACCUUUUUGCACAGGCAUCCUAAACACGAGUGAGAAAAGGGUGCCACAGCUAGCUGUUUCCACGUACGGGAUCCCCUACAGGCAGGACCGUUAUUAGACUUUGAUGAAAAGGCGACGGUAAUGCUUUUUCAAUAUGCUCUGUGAGUGCAGUGGGUUGAUGACCUUGUGAUUGCUUUUCACACACCGUGAAGGAAGCACCCAUUAACCACGCUGUGCAUGUGGCGGUACGGUUCCCUCGACUCGAAGUAGCUAUAUUUGCCGUUCACACACUAACUAAGCACCAGGGCUGUAGGCCUAAGCACGCAUCCAUUUCGUCAUUGCAAACCCGACUUUCUGGCGAUCAUGAUGUCCAAGUUACUUUUACUCCCAACAUGUCUUGCUCUUCUUCUAGCCACUGCUUGGUUUACAUGGGAGCUGUCGGUCAGAGACGUGUUCAUCGGGUUAGUUUUGGCGGUUGCUUUCCUGGCGUAUCUUCGUAGGCGUGCGGGAGCAGCACUUCUACCGGCUCAAGGGAAGUUUGUCUUCAUCACAGGUUGCGACAGCGGUUUCGGCCAUGCGACUGCCAAGUAUCUGGACGCUCUUGGCAUCCAAGUCUUUGCAGGCUGUCUGUUUCCAGAUGGUGAGGGCGCCUCUCUGCUAUCAGCUGACUGCUCGGAUAAGUUACGUGUCAUCCCAUUGGACGUAACCAAGCAGGAGACUGUUGAUGCUGCCAUGGCAACCAUUAUGCAAUCAACUGGUGAUGAGGGUCUAUGGGGUGUGGUCAAUAACGCAGGCAUCCUGCGUGCCUCUGAGCUCGAGAUUACACCCAUGGAGACUUUCCAACAACAUCUAGAUGUGAACCUACUCGGUCAGAUCCGUGUCGUCCAGGCAACGUUGCCUCUACUGCGCAAGUCUGAAGGCCGAAUUGUCAGCAUCAACAGUACAAACAGUUAUUUCUACAUGCCGGUUUUCGGAGCAUACGGCAUCUCUAAAGCAGCUGCUGAGAUGUUCAGUAAUGUCCUGAGAUUGGAAAUGAAGAAAUGGGGAAUUAAGGUGAUAACCAUUCACCCAGGAGGCUUCAAAACUGGCCUCCUAUCCACCAAUUCAUCCUUCCAACAAAAGUGUUACGAACAACUCACCCCAGAGCUCAAGAAGUACUACACACCGGAGUACUUCCACAGAUUCCUGGAUAACAUGGACACAGGACCUACCCUUCCGACGGAUCUAACCCCAGUCUGCAGCGCCGUGACUCGAGGUUUGUUGGAGCGGGUACCGAGUACCAACUACCGGUGUGGCAUGCUGGCUAAUACAAUGGUCCGAUCUGUUCAGUGGCUACCAACCGCGCUCUUUGAAUACCUUGUAUGUAACGGCGAAUUUAACAAAGCACCAACUUUGAAUCCAGAUGGGACUAAAAAAGAUUAGAAUUUGCCAAUGAGGCAAAUAUGUUAUUUCGAUAAUAGAUUGCUUCAAAGUGCUCGUAGAUAAAGGGCCUAUAACGUUUAGAGUGUUAAGAAUUUUCACGUGUGGACUUUUACGCUGUUCUUAUUCAAAAUCAGUCUUUCUUAAAAGCUAUUUAAACAAAAGUUAAGUUCUUGGCUUAUAUUUUGGUAUCGUCACAAAGGUAUUUCACACA